UGGCAGCCAGAGAGGAAAGCGGACCUUGGACUUUUCCUGCCAAAGGCCUGGAGGGAGAGAGGAAAGAAGGGAGGGAGGGGAGCCGCCCCUUCCCCGUCUCUUUCCAAGCAAAGCAGCCUCGGCCAAUGCCAGCGCUCCCACUUUGGCUCCACCUGUUGCCUCUGCCUCCGUUGAUCUCCUGCGGGGAGAGAAAGGGAGCAAAGGUCCCCUUGUCUUUCCCCUGGCUUUGCCCGGCGGGCUCCGCUCCGUCCCCAUGACCGUCGGGGCCAAGCUGAGAGCCAGCUGCCCUCGGCUCAUCCGGGGCCCGGCAGAGGACCGGGUCUCCAUCCUCGAGAGGGAAGAAGGGAAAGAGAAGCCGCAGGGAGAGACGGCGAGGGCCGAGGGGCAGGCUCCGGAGGGGCCCUCGGAGGAGAGCCGGGCCAAGAAGGUGCCCUUCGCCUGCCUCCCGGAGAAGUACCAGCCUCUGGGCGAGGACGCCGGGCGCAAGAGCAAGCGGCGCCGGAGGAAGCUCAGGAAAUACGGCAAGAAUGUGGGCAAGGCACUACAAAAAGGCUGCCGUUACCUGGUCCUCGGCCUGCAGGGGUUAGCCAAUGCCUAUUCGUCUCCACUCGGAGUGGCCGUUUCAGUAGCAACAGUGUUCCGCUAGCCCUGAGAAGAAGAUGCUGGCAUUGAAGCACAAGGAUGUUCCUCCUUUCCUUACGCACUUUGCCUUUGGGAAUGACUUCAACUCAGUAAUAAGGAGAAGAAAUGGAUCACAUUGAACAUUCAGCGGCAUAGGCUGAUAUGCUCUGUUUUAAACAAAUCAUUUUUACUGUUUGUGCAUGGGGAGAUCAGAUCAACAGCACAAGUGAGGCCAAAGGUUGGAUUAGCAUUGAUUAGUUGUGCCGGACUGAGAAAAUAUAUCACCUUUGAGCAUAGCAUGCAUAGAUAUACACUCACAAAAGCUAUGGAGGAAGGAAAGUAAAGUAAAUGAGGUGAAGAGGCAAGACUGAGGAAUAAAAGAGAGAUAAGGAGAGAAAGAGAAGGAAAUGAAAUGUUAGUCUCUCUCAGGUUUUUCAGAUUCUAGGAAUGGUAGCUUCCAUUUUUCUGAGGAAUACACAGAACUAAAUGUUUUUUUUGCCAGGGACAGUUUCUCCUUCUAGGCUGCAUUACGUUGAUUAUAAAAGUACCAACGUAGUGCAGUGGCUACAGUGUUGGGCUACCAUUCUGGAGGCUAGGUUUCAAAUCCCCACUUGGCCAUGGAAACCCACUGGAUGACUUUGGGCAAUUCACACUCUCUUAUCCUCAGAGGAAGGCAAAGACAAAUCUCCUUUUAAAACAAAAACAAAAUGUGAUCAUCAUAAGGUCAUUGUAAGUCAGAAAUGAAUUGAAGGCAGUAAUAACAACAAAAAGCAACACCCAGUGAAAUUAAGGGCUCCUCCAGAUAGGGCAAAUGACAAAGGUUGUGUUGUUGGGAAGGGAGAGAUGGGGAUGUUAGUAGUCAAGGAAUACUUUUUUGUCUCUAUUGAAUGGCGAUUCUUGGCACCAGCUGCAAUUUUUUAUUCCCACUCUAAAAAAAAAAAAUCAAAACUUCAGACUAUGACCCCUUCUACAUUGCCAUAUGAAAUCUAGAUUAUCUGCUUUCAACUGGAUUAUAUGGCAGUGUAGACUUAAAUAAUCCAGUUCAGAUCAGAUAGUGUGGAUUGUCUGUGUUGAUAAUCUGGAUUAUAUGGCAGUGUAGAAGGGGCCAUACUUGAAUAAAAAGUCUCGGUUCAUGUGUACAUGUUAAAUUGUGGUACUUGGUGGGUUUUCUGGGGCAAUUUGCAAACAAUAUCAAAACUCAAGAUCAUGCUUUAGACCAGUUGUUCUCAACUUGUGGGUCCCCAGAUGUUUGGCCUUCAACUCCCAGAAAUCCUAACAGCUAGUAAACUCAAAGGUUGAGAACCACUGCUUUAGAUCAAUUUGGAAAAGCUCUGAAACGUAUCUGUAACAGAGCAUGGAAAAGUUUAUUUCCAGGGUUGCAGCUCCAAGAAUCUCCCCAUUGACAUGGUCAUUGGGCAUGCUGGUAGAGGACUCUUGGAGUUGCAGUCCAAAAAGGAAACUUUGCUAAACUCCUUUGCCAGUAUAUUCAAGGAAAAGGGCCCUUGGAAUACAGGUCUGGCAAAUCUACAGUACUUCCAUUUGGGACUAGGAAGCAGCGGACAUAUCCCUAACCCAGACUGGAAGUUUGUGUGGCUUUUAAAUUGUGUUUGAACCAGAUUCUUGAGUUAUACCAUGCCAGGUUGUUGUUUGUUUGUUUAUAGAAAAUAAUCUCAGAUCCUCAUCUACCCAUCCUUAAUAUGGAUUUUGGCCAUGGAGUAGAGUAGCAGCCCUUUUCCCUUUCACCGAGGAAAAUUAUCAUUUGCCUCUGAAGCUCUUCUCUUUUAUCACAUGCCCUGUCCAUCAACAGGCCCCCAGAGAAGUUUACUGAAUAUCCCAAUUACAAUAAAACAAUUAAAUGCCCCUGUUCCUAGUAUAGUGGUCUUUGUUGUUGUUGAUGUGUGCUUUCAAGUCACUUUCAACUUAUGACAACCCUAAAGCAACCCUACCAGAGAGUUUUCCGGAGCUGAGAAUGUGUGGCUCACCCAUGUGAAUUUCCAUGGCUGAACAGGGAAUCAGACCCUGGUUUCCAUAGUUCAAAACACUACAUCAUGCUACAUUUUGAUGUAAUAUACUAUGAAAAGAUGUACUUCCCUGUAACAGGCCUAAAAGGAUUGGUUUAACUGGGUAAUCCCUGAGUUAUUGUGAUACUAUGGGGAACUCUGUCUAUUCAGUUUCUCCCUUGGCAUUUUAAAAGAAAUUGUUACUGAUUGUCCAAGAUUGGAAGCUUUUCUAUUACAUACAGCCUUGGCAUUCAGAUUGUAUUAAAAGUGAUUUUUAAAGGGGAUGGGUCAAUGCAGAGCUGGAAAUACAUUUACAGACAUCACUAUCUUGGUUUAUCCUGUCAAUCACCAGAAAAUGUCUCAGUUAGAAAGAAGAAAAGUAUCUAGGAUUCUUAUCAAAGUUUAGAAAAAAUAGUUUAAAAGCAUAUGGUUACAAACACAUCUGAUCUGAGAUUACAAAAAUGUAUAGGAAUUUUAAAAUUUUUGUAUUUGACUUACAGAAGGCAUUGGAAUGGGUGGGAAUCACUUUGGUCACUGUAUGGGAAACAUCUCUUACUAAUCCUGUGAAUACCAAAGGACAGCAGCAAUUGUACUCUGCAUACUCAUAUACAGUAUAAUUCUAGGGUCAAUGUAAGCACUUUACCAUAACUUUUAUCAAAAAAGGAACUACCCUCUUCUCUGAGAAGAGUGGAGAAAGGCAAGAGCUUACUCUGUCUGGGAAGAACCUAAAAGAAGCACCAACUCUCUCUACAAUCAUUACUCAGCUGCAGUUAAAGUAGAUGCAGGUAAUGAGGUUAUGUAUGUAGGAUGGAUUUUUGUAUUAUGGCAUUGAAUAACAAAAAUUGUUUCCUGAAAUGCUGUUGGAAUCAAAAUGGUCACUUGCACAUCUCUUUGAAGAAAGCACAAAGCCAUAUCAGAAAGUUUAACCUUCUAGGUGGAAAGAAAUCUCCCUAUGCUGCCAUUUAUAGGAGUAUUUUGUAUAGUAUUGACAAGCAAAUCUAAUCAUUAUAUAUUCUAAAAUGGUAUACUUUUGCUUAGGUAAUAACUAAUGUUGUAUGUCUUUAUUUGACUUUAUUAGUAUUGACAAGACAAUCCAAACUUUGUGUAUUUCAAAAUGAUAAACUUCUACUUAGAUGAUAGAUAUUUUUAUCCUUUAUCUUUUAUAUAUUUGCUACCUAAUAUAAUUGAGCUAAGACUAUACAUUUAUUUUAGAAAACAGACUUAACUUUUUCGUGUUUUCAUUUAUAAACCUAGUGACAAAUAAAAUGAUGUAACAAAAUAAACAGUUUACAAUUUGAGUGUAAA